GUAGGAUAUUAAUGUUAAGAUUACUAUACAAGGGUUAGGAUAUCAAUUUAUCUUUUAAUCAUACUAUUUUAUCAUUUCAUAGAGAAGAUAAAUAUAUUUUGCGUUCUAUUUUAAUAUAAAUUCAAAUUUACGAUUAUUUUUUUGCUUUUUCAAUAUAUUAUAUAUAUAAUUAUUAUAAUAUCAUACUAUUAAGUAUGAAGGAAACAAAGAGUACUUAUUUGUUUCUGUUAUUCUAAAUUCCAAAUACCGUUCCAUUUCUAGUAAUAAUGUCAUGACUUACAAAACUAAUAACAGCUUCUAAUGAUGUAUAUUUACAUAAAAAAUAUGUAACCACUAGUUAAUAAAAAAGUAUUUUAAUAUUUAAUAUGUAUUUUUAUUAUAAUAAUCUGCCAAGAUAAUAUAUAUAGAUACAUGCAGUGAUCUAAAACAGACAAUUAAAAUCAUUUUUACAUAUUAGUGGAUUUUUAUUAACAAAGAUGACAUUGUAUACAGUAACAUCAGAAAUAUUUACAGAAAAUGAAAAUUCUUAUAUAAAAUGUAAAAAUGACAAUGUAAUAUCCAGCUUUAUUUUUAAGUAUCCAUCUUAUAUGAUUAAACCAAAAUGUCUUAAUGACUUAACUCGUGAUAAUGAUGAUGAUAUAGAUAUAGAUAGGCAACAAGAAGGAAAAUUAUUAAUAGAACACCAUACAUCUACAGAAUUACAAUAUGUUGGAUUGCAAGUAUGGCGAGGUGCAUUAUUACUAGCUGAUUAUAUUUUAUCCAAUCCUGAUUUGUUCAAGGAUAAGGUAGUACUAGAGUUAGGUGCUGGAGUUGGCUUAACUAGCAUAGUAGCUAGUUUCCUAGCAAAAAAAGUAAUUUGUACAGAUAUUGAUGUAAAAGGAUUAUUGAAAUUAAUACAUAGAAACUUUAUGAGAAAUAAAGCUUAUAUUAAGUCUAAAGUUGACAUUAAAGGAUUAGAUUUCUUGAAUUUAAAAUGGCCUACAUUUUACAAAAAAAGAAUAGAUGAACCAGCUAUUAUUCUAGCUGCUGAUGUAAUUUAUGAUGAAAUUGUAACAAAAGGAUUUGUUCAAACAUUAACAGAACUUUUAAAUUCAAAUGUACAGAAAGUUGUUUAUAUUACUUUGGAGAAAAGAUAUGUUUUUACUACAGCCAAUAUGGAAACUACUGCUCCAAUGUAUGAAGAAUUCUUAGAUCUUAUUAAAGUAAAGCAAUUUAAUUGGCAUGUUGAAUAUAUUAAAAUAGAUUUUCCACAAUAUUUCAAAUAUAAAAGAUUAGAACAGAUGGUUCUCAUAAAAAUAAAAAACAAGUUAAGUAAAUAAUAUAAUUGAACAUAUAACAUAUAGUAUAGUAACAGAUCCAUGAACAUGAGAGAAAUAUCAAACAGUAUUAAGUAAUAUGUGUUCAUAGAUAUUAUAACUGUACAUUAAAUUUAAAUAAAUUUAGAGAAAAUAUUUAUAUAUGGAUAUCAGAGAAGUUUUGAAAACUUUUAAUACAACUUAUUAUAACAACGUUAUGAAUGAAAGUAAGACCUUUUUAUCCUUGUUUUCAUUUUAAUUGUGACAAAAAUAUAUAUACUUGUAUAUAUAUCAUAAUUAGCUAUUUCAUUAAAAAAUGUAUUUUUCUUAAAUAUCUUUAGCGGCUGUAUAUGUAUGCAUGUAUUUCGGUAUAUAUGUACAUAUUUCACAUGUUAAAAUUAGAAAGAAAGAUUAUUACGUAGAAGUACUAUAAUUACCACUGAAAUAUAUUUUAUAAUAUGUUAUUAUCCUAUGAUAAAAAAGAAAUAAAAAUAACAAAAAAUUUGAAUAAUUUCAAGUAAAAGCAGUGAACACUUUAAA